AUGUUAGACAGAAUAGCGACGGCAGUGACACUUAGAAAUAGAGGCGUAAACAUCCCGAAAGUCGUAUGCAAAAUAUGCGGUGCAGCCGACGAGACUGCAGUUCAUAUUCUGCUUCAAUGCAAUUACGCAAAACGAGUUUGGGAGGAGAUAACCAACUGGAUAAAGAUACCAAUAAUAGAUACCGAUGGGGACUUGAAAAAACUUAUGAAAGAUAUCAACGAUAUUCAGAGGAAUUGGAAAAUAAAAAAGGUUAUACAUGCAGUCACAAUCCAAACGUUAUGGUCAUUAUGGAGAGCAAGAAAUGAUAAAGUGUUCAAAGGGAAACAUGAAGGGUUACAGAUUAUUGUGGAGGAUAUCAAAGAACUUCCUACCAAGGUGUGA